GUCAGAAAACACGAGCCUCAAGCUGAGGGACGCAGUUCGGGUCUGAGGUGUGGAUCUGAGGAAGGAUGGAGGCACUGAAGGUGGAAAAGUUCACGACUGCCGACCGGGGAAACGGGCUGCGUGCUGUGGCUCCACUGCGCCCCGGGGAGCUGCUCUUCCGCUCCGACCCCUUGGCUUACACUGUGUGCAAGGGGAGUCGUGGCGUAGUCUGCGAUCGCUGCCUCCUGGGGAAGGAAAAGCUGAUGCGGUGUUCUCAAUGCCGAAUUGCCAAAUACUGCAGUGCCAAGUGUCAGAAAAAAGCCUGGCCGGACCACAGGCGGGAAUGCAGAUGUCUUAAAAGCUGCAAGCCCAGAUAUCCACCGGACUCCGUGAGACUUCUGGGCAGGGUUGUCGUCAAGCUGAUGGAAGAAAAACCCUCAGAGUCAGAGAAACUUUAUUCAUUUUAUGAUCUGGAGUCCAAUAUUAGCAAACUCACUGAAGAUAAGAAAGAGGGCCUGAGGCAACUUGCAAUGACAUUUCAACAUUUCAUGAGAGAGGAAAUCCAGGACGCGUCUCAGCUGCCGCCUUCUUUUGACCUUUUUGAAGCGUUUGCAAAAGUGAUCUGCAAUUCGUUCACCAUCUGCAAUGCAGAGAUGCAGGAGGUCGGCGUUGGCCUGUACCCCAGUAUGUCUUUGCUGAAUCACAGCUGUGACCCCAACUGCUCCAUCGUAUUCAACGGGCCCCACCUCUUACUGCGUGCAGUUCGAGAAAUUGAGGCAGGCGAGGAGCUCACCAUCUGCUACCUGGACAUGCUCAUGACCAGCGAGGAACGCCGGAAGCAGCUGAGGGACCAGUACUGCUUUGAGUGUGACUGCGUCCGAUGCCAGACCCAGGACAAGGAUGCUGACAUGCUAACGGGUGACGAGCAAAUAUGGAAGGAGGUUCAAGAGUCGCUGAAGAAAAUCGAAGAGCUGAAGGCGCACUGGAAGUGGGAGCAGGUUCUGGCUCUGUGCCAGGCGAUCAUAAACAGCAAUUCCGACCGGCUUCCCGACAUCAACAUCUACCAGCUGAAGGUGCUCGACUGUGCCAUGGAUGCCUGCAUCAACCUGGGGAUGCUGGAGGAGGCGCUGUUCUAUGCCAUGCGCACCAUGGAGCCUUACCGGAUUUUCUUCCCUGGAAGCCAUCCCGUCAGAGGUGUGCAAGUGAUGAAAGUUGGCAAGCUGCAGCUCCAUCAAGGCAUGUUUCCCCAAGCCAUGAAGAAUCUGAGGCUGGCCUUUGACAUUAUGAAAGUGACCCACGGCCGAGAACACAGCCUGAUUGAAGAUUUGAUUCUUCUCAUGGAAGAAUGUGAUGCCAACAUACGAGCCUCCUAAGGACCCCCAGAAGGACGGGGAAGGUGGCGCACCCUCCAUCAAACGCCUUACUGAGGUCACACGCUCUGUGGUAUUUGCUGUGUGGACCUCCUGGAGAAAUUGCCAAUGUGUUUAUGUGGGUAAAUGUGUUUAUGUGGCAUGUCGUGAGAAGUCUUACUCGUGAUAGAGCAGAACCAUUACAAUAAAUACAAAAGACGAGUCCAAAAUGACACUGGCAACUUGGCUUUGCCCAUUCUUGGGUGGUUUUGAUGGUUAAGAUGUCAACAUUGGAAACAGGAACUUUCCAAAAGAACAAUGAAAUUCCAGGCAGCACUCGAGAGGCAGAGGCAAGUGGAUCUCCAUGAGUUCGAGGCCAGCCUGGUCUACACAGUGAGUUACAAGACAGGCAUAGCCUUGUAGAGAGAUCCUGUUCCAGAAACAGAACAAAAAUAGGGUAGAAUAUGUUCAAGUUUCCUCUAUGUGUAUAUAUAGAAGUAAAUGGAUAAAAGUAAUCAUUUUCACAUAUACUUUUAAACACAAGUGUAUAUCAAGAUUUUUUUUAUUGUUGUACUUUUAUCUUAGCUGAGAUGUCUUAAUUGUACUUAUUAACGUGGUUCACUGUGAUAUUUCUAUAUCUGAAUAUACACACAUGGCGCCCACUUGUCACUGAGGAACUCUGGCCUUCGUUUAUUUUCCUGCCUCCAUGGUUCACCGUUUCUCACACCCCACCCCAACUCCCUCCUGACUCUUACACAGGAGGGGGAAAGCACAGUACUUGUCUCUGUCUCCGCCUUAUUUCCCUUUGUAUAAUUUCCUCCAGUUCUUUCCACUCUGCCGCAGCUGACAGAGGUUCACUCUUCUUUAUGGCUGAGUAAUAGCCCAUUAUUUGUAUGUACUUGGUACAUAUUGGCAAGCACCUGUGGUAACUGUAGCCUUGGCGAUUAUGAAUGGCUUCACAGUAGACAUGUCAAGCAAGUAUGUUUGGGUUUAAUUUCCCUUUGACAUACACCUAGAAGUGGGAUGGCUGGGUCCCGUGGUGGUACUCUUUUAACUUCUUAGAUGAACCUCCUCCAUACUCUCUUUGGCUUUAGGUUCCCAUCAAUAGCAUAUGAGAGUUCCUGUUCUCCAUGUUCACGUCAGCAUUUGUUAUAGGUUUUUUUUCUUGCUUUGCUGUUAGCUUUAAUCACAUUUUAACUGGCGUACAUGAUAUUUCAUCAUAGUUUCGAUUUCCCUGAUGACCAAUGGUAUUGAUUGUGCCUCGUGUAUUUGUGACUGCUCGGAACAGUUGUUCACUUUGUAAUCAGAUUCUUGCUUUUUUAAUUCCUUACCUGUUAUAAAUAUACUAUGUAUUGUGGAUAUGACUCCUUCACUGGGAGGGUGGUUGGCAGACAGUUCUCUAGUUCUGUAGAUUGUCUUUUCCUCUGCUCUUUUGUGUGCUGUACAGAGAACUUCAGUGUAAUUGUCCGUCUUCGGUUCUGAUCCCUUCGCUUCUAUAAUCACAUAAAGCCAUUACUUAUUCCAGCUUCUACGAUACUCCAUUGCCCUUACUGACGUGUUCCCAUGCAUGUUCCCAGCUUGAUCUUGCAUUUGGUCUUUGGUCCAUCAUGAGCUGAGAUCCCUCCAUCGUGAAAAGGUUCAGUUUCCGUCUUGCCUGUGGCUGUCUGCCUUGCCUGCACACUUUGUUGAAGAGGGAGCCACACAGCCUUUGUGGUUUGGGCACCUUUGUCAAGGAGGAGCUGGUUCUAUGCUUGCGGGCGUACUUUUGGGCUCUCCGUUCGGUCCCACGGGUCCCUUGAUCUAUGGCCAUGCCGUUUCUGCUGGCACGGCUCUGCAGUAUGCCUUGCAAUCAGGUGCCAUGCUGCCUCUGGCCUCACUGGCUUUGCUCGGGAUGAUUUUGUCUGUCCUGAGUCUGUUCUGAAGAAGCAGAAUUCUGAAACAUUGCCUUUACUCCUCUGCAAUGAAUAACUACGUGUUAUUUCCUCCUGAAUGCCUCUCCAACACAGGAACCAUCAUCUCAAAUCCUAGGUCUAGGCCAUUUCCGACAUCACUGGGAAAACACUGUAAGGCUCACACAAAAAGGACAAGAUACUGAAGUUAACUCUUUGUAUAAAUCUUUGCUGUGCUUUGUAAUUCUUUGUGUGUGUUAAAAUCUUCUUAACCCCUUUUCUUCUGUAAUUGCUUGAGUCUGUGCUUUGGUGUGCUGGUGGGCGGAGCACAGAGCUCUAUUGCCCUGUAGUAAACUGUGUUCUCGUUUUCAUUCACCUUAGCCUGGCUUCCUCUGCUUUUGUUGUCUUUUCCAUUUCCCCAACCCCUUGGCCUGCUUCUCUAUCUUUCUGCUUUAGAAAAAUAACAAAAAUGUUUCCCUUGUCCAAAAAAAUAAGUUGAGCCUUGUAUGGCUCACUGGUCCUGGAAGCAGUGUGGUCCUUCCUGUUCCGGUGAGAUUCUGGUAGUAAACCAGGCCGGUGGGGCUGCUGCAGAUGAAAUGGUUCUUAGAUAGUAGGCCCCCAUCCACUCCUUCUGUUACAGGGAUACAGGUGCAGGGCGUGAAGGCAGAACCCAUAAUAGUGGCCCUCCGAGGGAGGGAGGCAGAAGACACUGUCAAAAUGACACAUGGUUGUCAGAGCCUGAAGGGGUAGACCUUAAGUUAGAGCAAAGAAAGCUGACAGCAGGAAACUGGGACCCACCUGACCAACAUCUGGUGCCAUGGAAACGAUGACAUGUUUAGGGUGUCCUGAGCUCCAGGGCCGUUUCCUAAGGUUGCUCCUGCUCAUGCCCCAGCUGUCAUGCAGCCAGCACAUCCCUAAGGCAGUGCUGUCUCUGCUAGCCACAGUAGCAUAUAGUGGGCAUCUGAAGGCCUUUUCACGAGUGAGGAAAGAAGUCUGACGUCAGGUGCACUAGAACCCCGCCCCAGAUUUGCUAAGUAACUCUGAGAGGACCUUGACUUCAGCCUUUUGAGAGGCCAGUUAUAUCCAAUUCAUCAGAUAUGUAUUAAAUGAUUCUGAUGUUUUCAGGAAAUGUGCACACAAAGGCCAAAUAAAACUUGCAUGACCUCCCAAAUGUAUACUGAGAGAAC